AUGUUGACUCCAUUCAGGGUGAAAGUAUCUUAUGAUCGCCUGUUGCCUGUCCUGCUGAACCUCCCUGUCCUGCUGAACCUCCCUGUUGGUGCUGAGCGCUUCCAUCCUGAAGAGAGAUGCCAAUUGACCGUGGCUGCGACUCGAACUCACAAAAUGAAAAAGACGCACAUGGAUCAGAGCGAUCCGAUAUCUAUAGCCACGCAGGGUCGACGUAGCCGAGCUCAGGAAGCUGUUGAUGAUAGGGAUAAAGUUGUUCGAGAUGCUCAGCUCGUGAUCGGCGGCUUGAAGAUCGGCUUCUGGGGUGUGUCUCGCUUCUGA